AUGGGUGCCACGAGUGAAGACGCGCCGUCGCUGACGGCCUCGGCCAUCGUCGCCCCGGCCGUGUCAGGGUCGCACAUCCUCCGCAUCGAGGGCUACUCCCGCACCAAGGGCCUCGGCAACGGCAAGUUCAUCACGUCCGAGACUUUCUCCAUCGGAGGCCACCGCUGGCACCUCAAGUACUACCCGGACAGCCGCGACUCGAAAGACUCCGAUCUGAUAUCCAUCUUCCUGCACCUCGAUCACGCGGCUGAUCGCAAGGAAGUCAGGGCCAUAUUCACGAUUAGUUUGCUCGACCAGAAUGGUAACAAGGUGCCGUCGUACAGCAAGAGCAGCAUGCUGUACUGCAGCUUCUCCGCCGGCAGACAGGGUACGAUGGGCUAUGAUCUGAUCAAGAGGAGCGAGCUGGAGGGAUCGGGGGCGUACCUCAAGGACGACGCCUUCAGUGUAAGGUGCGAUGUCACCGUGGCGAAGGAGAUCUUCACCAAGGCUAUCCCGCUUCCCGGAGCUGGCCGUAGUGGUGUCGUUGAACAGGAACAGAAAGAAGGUGUCGUGGAGCAGGAACAGAAAGAAGCAACGUCUCCUCCUGUCGGCAAUGGCGUAUGA